CAAAAUGGAGUCCAGGCCCCAGAGUGCUACUAACAGCUUAUACUAAUAGGUGGCCAAAAACGACCUGAAAUAUAUUGUGGACUCUGCUCAGAGUCAUGUAUACUUGCAAAGCUCAGGCUGCUCAGAAUUUCAUUCAUUGUUUUUCAGAAAUUCACCUCCUUGUGUGACGACCUGGUUCCACCUGCUUCUACCUAUCUACCUACUUGUACAAGGACCUCGUUUGAAGCAGAGGGUGUUGUUUGAGGAGAACUCUGGAGGAGCGAAGGCGUAUACUACAAGGCGGGUUUGCUUCGUUUGUGAGGUGACCAGCUGAGUCCAAAAGCUUUGUUGUAAGUGAUAGCAAAGCUUGCGUCCCUGAAGAAAGAAGUGUUUGCGAUUAGGCGUCCGCCCCCUGUCCGCUCAAUUGGAGGGAACCGGGUGUGUCUUUGUCCACCUGCAAGCAGCAUGGCGCCAAAGCCGGCAUUUGAGCUUCCUUACUUCUACAACUAUCGACCCUACUUCACGUUACAGCCUGUUCGAGAUACCAGGGAGAAGCAGAUCCAGCUGUGGAAGGAACUCAUUCUGAGCUUCUGCAAGCACUACGGCAUGUACAUCGUCGACGUUGACGACUUUCCCCUGUUUGCAAACAAGUCAAUAGAAAGAAAGCUGACAAACGAGGCCCGAGAGCUAUUUCUGAACGCCCUUGUAAUGGAAGGUCGGGCUGAGUGGCUAGGGAAGGACCAUCGAAAGUGCCUCCUCCUGUGGAGGCGGAUAGAAGACUGGGCAGAUCUGAUCAUCUCAUGGGUGCAAGAGAACGCGUUGGAGAACGGAGUAGUCACCUUGGACGAGAUGCGAACAGGGGACGAAGCACGAGGGACAGAUUUGGAGAAUCUAGAGAUGAUAAUCCUGGAAAGGGCCGUGAGGCUUUUGGAAGCGCGAGGAAAAGCUCAGAUGUUCAAGGGUUCAUCAGCAGAUGACACGGGAGUCAAGUUCUUCAUUUGAGCAUGUUCAUCCCGGUACUUCGUCUUUGCACAACGGAGAGACGCUCUUUGAAUCUGUCAACAAUCCAGAGUUGAUUGUUCUGUCAAUGUUUCGUGUACAGAUUGUUCAAACGUUUGGCUCGCACACUUUUUGGGGUCUUGACCAAUCUGAAUAAGGUACGGAUG